AUGGGUGUCAUUUACUACCUCCUGCACCCGAACCAGCUUCGCUCCAUCAUCCAAUGGAAGGUCUGGCACGACCCCGUCCACCACCGCGAUCCCUCCAAGGAAGACCCUACGCUGAAGUCUUGCUUUGAAUUCCUCAACAAGACGAGCCGCAGUUUCUCCGCCGUCAUUCAGGAGCUCAACCCCGAACUUCUGGUUCCCGUCUGCCUGUUCUACCUUGUGCUGCGCGGCCUCGACACCAUCGAAGAUGAUAUGACAUUGGAUAUCAAGGAGAAGGAGCCUUUGCUGCGCCAGUUUGAUAAGUACAUGGAGACGGAUGGCUGGACUUUCACCAAGAACGGGCCCAAUGAGAAGGACCGCGAGCUCCUGGUGCACUUUGACGAUGUCGUCGCCGAGCUGAAGAAGAUCAAGAAGCCCUACUACGAGAUCAUCAAGGAUAUCACUAUCAAGAUGGGCAACGGUAUGGCCGACUACGCUCUCAACGCCGAGCACAACGAGAACGGUGUUGCGACCAUCAAGGAGUACGAGCUUUACUGCCACUACGUCGCCGGUCUUGUCGGUGACGGCCUGACCCGCCUCUUUGUCGAGGGCAACAUGGCCAACCCCAAGCUUCUCGAGCGCCCCGCGCUCACCGAGUCCAUGGGACAGUUCCUCCAAAAGACCAACAUCAUUCGCGACGUUCACGAGGACUACCUCGACAAGCGCCGCUUCUGGCCCAAGGAGAUCUGGAGCAAGCACGUUGACACCUGGGACGAUCUCUUCAAGCCUGAGAACCUGCCCAAGGCUCUCGAGUGCAGCUCCGAGAUGGUGCUCAAUGCCCUCAAGCACACUGAAGAGUGCCUGUUCUACAUGGCCGGCAUCAAGGACCAGAGUGUCUUCAACUUCGUAGCUAUUCCCCAGAGCAUGGCUAUUGCGACGCUGGAGCUCGUCUUCCGCAACCCUGCCAUUUUCAGCAGCCACAUUAAGAUCACCAAGGGUGACGCAUGCUACCUCAUGACCAAGUCAACACAGAACCUCCAGAUUGUGUGUGAGGUCUUCAGGGACUACACCCGUCGGAUACACAAAAAGAAUGAUCCGCGCGACCCCAACUAUGUGCAAAUUAGCGUGCAAUGCGGCAAGAUUGAGCAAUUCAUCGACUCGUUGUUCCCGAGACAGGACCCCAAGCUGCUCGGAGAUGCGGCGAAACAGAAAGAGCGGGGCCAGCCGGGUAUGGAUGCAGGCGAAGCCUUCGUAUUGGGCGGCAUGGUUCUUUUGACCCUCUUUUUCGUAUCUGGUCUUAUGAUUGGAACUGCCUGGUUCUUUGGCGCACGCUUUGACUCGUUGUGGAAGACGGACAGCAUUUACUGGCCUGGCAGCGAGACCGGCGCGGCGACGCCGAUUGAGCACAAGGAGCUGUAA